AUGACUUGUUACCGGGGUUUCCUGCUGGGCAGCUGUCGUCGCGUGGCGGGCGGCCGGGCGGCGCUGAGGGGGCCGGGCACGGGAGGCCCCGCCGCGCGGCUGCGGCACCUGGGGCACGGACAGCCGCGCGAGCUGGCGGGCUGUGGCAGGCGCGCGGACGGCGGCUUCCGCCCGUCCCGGGUGGUAGUGGUAGCCAAAACUACCCGCUACGAGUUCGAACAGCAGCGAUACCGCUACGCGGAGCUCUCGGAGGAGGACCUCAAGCAGCUGGUGGGUCCCCGCGGCCGAGUGGCCCCGCCGGGGUGGCGGGGCUCGGCCCCGGCCCAUUCCCCGGCUCGGCCGCGCCCCCUUGGCGAGACGUCUGGGGACGCCCUCUCCCCAGGCUCCUCGCUCGCCGACCCCCACUCUCUGUGGCUCGUCACUAGCCCGUUCCCCUCACCUGUGUGUCAGAGAAGAGAGGGUCGCCGGUCGGAGGGUCAUUUGUGUCUACCUGUCCGAUAUACACAUUCCUUCCCAGAAGCCUUAAAGAAGUUUUAUCGUGGAGAGUUCAGGUGGUUAUGGAGGCAACGGAUCAGGUUGUAUCUUGAAGGAACUGGCAUAAAUCCCAUUCCUGUCGACCUUCAUGAACAGCAGCUAAGUUUGAAUCAGCAUAGCAGAGCCUUCAACAUUGAACGAGUUCAUGAGGAAAGAUCUGUGGCUUCAGGACCCCAACUUUUGCCAGUGCGAGCACUCAAUGAAGUCUUCAUUGGGGAGAGUCUCUCAUCCAGGGCUUCCUACUAUGAGAUUUCAGUUGAUGAUGGUCCAUGGGAGAAACAGAAGAGUUCAGGACUCAAUCUGUGUACUGGAACAGGAUCAAAGGCUUGGUCAUUCAAUAUUAACAGAGUUGCUGCUCAGGCUGUGGAGGAUGUUUUAAAUAUUGCAAAAAGACAGGGAAGUUUGAAUCUUCCAUUGAGCAGAGAACUGGUAGAGAAAGUAACAAAUGAGUAUAAUGAAUCGCUGCUGUACAGUCCAGAAGAACCAAAAAUACUUUUCAGUAUUCGAGAACCAAUAGCAAACAGAGUUUUCUCAAGUAGUCGUCAGCGUUGUUUCUCCUCCAAGGUUUGUGUUCGUUCUCGUUGUUGGGAUGCCUGUAUGGUUGUGGAUGGAGGAACUUCUUUUGAAUUUAAUGAUGGAGCAAUAGCUUCAAUGAUGAUCAGGAAAGAAGAUGAACUCCGAACUGUGCUGUUAGAACAGUGAAGGAUUUUCUCAGAUGACAGAUUUAUGACUGGAUUUUUUUUUUUUAAACUGUGGAAACAGAGUACUGGCUAUAAAGCAACAUUUUUUGCUUAUUGUUGAGACUGGUUGCCUUGGGUUCAAAGGUGACCAAGAAAUGAGAUUUGUGUUAUUCUUCUGUUGGAUUGUGAUGGAAAUGAUGCUCAGUAAGAAAGUAGAUGGACUAAACUGAUUAGAAUUGAUCUUAGUGAAAUUUCUAUAUUGCUUAUAAUUGGGAACCAAGAGUGCUGAUA